UUCUUCUUCUUUCUCCUGCUCCUCGUUUCUCUCCUUCAUCCUCGGGCGUGUCUCGAUUUGUUCUCUGUUUGUAAGGGUCGGACCUGACAAUAUACUUGAGGCCCGCGUGCUUCCAGUUCUCUCCCUCCCUCCCUAAACAACCACUCUCUUUGACUACCGCUUCACUCUUUUAGCGGGCCCUCAUUGCGAUCACACCUGAUUCGAAACACCACCAGCAUCAUUGCAAAUACAUCCAUCCCUCGUUGCCAAUCAGCAAAAUGAAGGGCGCUUUCCUUGCUACCGCCGCCGCGGCUCUUGCCGGCACUGCUCUGGCUGAUGGCGCACACCGUCGCCACGCCCACGAGCCCUUCCACCAGCGCCGUGCAGUGCAGGCCAGUGCCCCCUCCGAGGAGACCUGCGGCUGUACCACUGAGGUUGUCACCGUCUGGGGAACCCCGACUCUCGUUCCUGUCUCGACUGCCACCGAGACCGUCAUCUCCGAGGUCGUCACCACCCUCCACUCCACCAGCUACACCACUGUGACCGUCGUUGCUACUCCGGGCGAGUCUGCAGGUACCGUCCCCGCUGGAGGCUCCCCCGGAGAGGCUUCCUCCACCCCCGAGGGGGUCGCUGCCACUGGCGUCUCUAGCGCUACGGGUGCUACCGCCGUCCCUGUCGAGACCACCUCGACCGCCGCGGCUGCUGCUGUCCCCACCACCUCGAGCCCGGCGGCUGCCGCUCCCACCUCCAGCGCCGUGGUGCUGCCCACCCCUGAUGUCACCACCUUCGCUUCGACCGGUGUCUACACCAUCCCUGCGUCCACCGUGACUGUCAGCGAGACCACCAGCGUCGUCAGCCCUACCAGCACCGCCUUGACCAGCGGUACCAACACCUACGGUGGUGUGACGACCGUCGUUGAGACCUCGACCACCAUUGUCUGCCCCUAUGCCACCGUCAAGCCCUCGGGCACCACCGUCACCAGCGUCAUUGAGCACACCACCUACUACUGCCCCGUCGCGGGUACCUACACCAUUGCUCCCACCACCACCUAUGUCCCCGCCAGCACUGUCGUGACUUACCCCGCCGUGUCCACCGUCACCCCGGGCGUCUACUCUCACACCGCCGAGGUUGUCACCGUCACCGUCACGGACUACACCUACACUUGCCCCUUCAGCGGCUCCACUAGCUCCGCUGCGGUUGCCGUGACCACUCCCUCCGCGGCCGCUGCCACCUCCACUGUUGUCCCUGCCACCACUGUUGUUCCUGCCACCACUGUUGUUGCUGCCACCACUGCCGUUCCCGCGACCUCGAGCGUCAAGGUCAGCACCGUCUCUAGCGCGGCGGCCAGCUCCUCCAGCGCCGCCGCCUCCACUGGUGUCAGCGCUACUGGCCUGAUGGGUAUGACCUACACCCCUUACACCAACGACAACGGCUGCAAGUCCACCGCUACCAUCACCUCGGACAUCAAGACGAUCGCCGCCAAGGGCUUCACCCACAUCCGUCUCUACUCCACCGACUGCAACACCCUCGAGAUCAUCGGUGAGCUUGCUGAGGAGCUCGGCCUCAAGCUGAUUCUCGGAGUCUACAUCUCCAGCACUGGUACCUCAGGCGCCGCCAGCCAGGUCACGGCCAUUACCGAGUGGGGCAAGUGGGAGCUGGUCAGCCUGAUCGUCGUCGGUAACGAGGCCGUCUCCUCCGGAUACACCGAUGCCGCGUCCCUUGCCAGCUUCAUCACCUCGUGCAAGACCACCUUCACCGCUGCCGGCUACACUGGCCAGAUCACCACCACGGAGCCCGUCGACAUCUGGCAGGAGUACGGUACCAGCGACCUCUGCAGCGUCGUUGACAUCCUGGGAGCCAACAUCCACCCCUUCUUCAACGCCCAGACCACCGCCGCCGAGGCCGGUACCUUUGCCACCGCCGAGUUCACCCUCCUGAAGACGAUCUGCUCGGGCCUGAGCAUCAUCAACCUGGAGACCGGCUGGCCUAGCAAGGGUAACGCCAACGGCGCGGCUGUUCCCGGGGAGUCGGAGCAGGCCACGGCCAUCAAGGCCAUCCGGGAGGCGGUCGGUAGCGACUCGGUCUUCUUCUCGUACGCCAACGAUCUCUGGAAGUCGCCUGGCGAGUUCGACGUGGAGCAGUACUGGGGUUGCAUUGACCAGUUCUAAGCGAUUGGGAGCUGGGUGUGUACAGAUACAGGCCAAGUGUUGAUUUGAUUGGCUUUGGAGUUUUUUUUUUUUAGUUUUUUUUUUUCUUCUUCUUCUCUUUCGUGGGUUCCCUCGUUGCGGGUGUAGGCCAUACGAUCGGACUGUCCAAUUUUCCUUCUUCGUGCCUGGGACCAUUUUUGUCGUAGAUAUCAUUUUUUUUUUUUUCUGUGACUGAAGUUCUGAUUCAAUGUGUCUACUCACCGGGUGCAUCCGCGUUCCUAUCCCGAGUUGUAUAUGCUAAUUUAUUACGGAUU